GUUGGAUAGGGUGUCAUCCCCAAGGAGUGGUGGUUGGUAUUAUACCACCACUCAGCCAAGGAUAACCAUUUGAGCCACUUGUGGGGAUUUUGGAAGCAUAAACAACGCAAAUAAAUCUCCAAGCAUCGGUUUACCCUCUCGGUUUGACCAUCUGUUUGUGGAUGGUAAACGAUGCUUAGAUGCAGCUCAACCUCUAUCAAUCUGAAUAAGUCUUGCCAUACUUGGUUGAUGAAUAUCUUAUCUUUGUCUGAUAUAAUAUCUUGUGGCAUUCCAUGCAACUUGUAUACUGCAUCCAAGAAGGCUCUUGCUACAUUCUAUGCUGAAUAGGGAUGAGUUAAGGAAAUGAAAUGGGCAUAUUUGAGGAGGAACAUGGGUUCUUCUUUGGAUUAGCAACAGCACCUGCUCAUGUUGAGGAUAGGCUAGAUGAUGCUUGGCUCCAGUUUGCAGAGCAACACCCCUGUGGUGAUAUGGAGCUUAAACAGAAGCAGCAGCCAGUGGAUGCAUUGAUGGCUUCUGCUGCUGGUGAUGGUGGUUCUCAGCAAGUUUCUUUGGCCACAGAUGAGCCUCUAAAGACUGCUAAGAGGCAGACAAGAAGACCCAUAAAGAUAGCUAUGGAGGCCAUGAUCAGAGGAUUUGAGAAGUAUUCAGAUGGUGAAGAGCACCAUUCUAGCCCAGAAUGUAGUCAUGCUGUUGCUGCUUGGCACAAUGUACCUCACCCGCAGGAGAGGUUGAGGUUUUGGUCUGAUCCGGACACCGAGUUAAAACUGGCUAAAGAUACUGGUGUUAGUGUUUUCAGAAUGGGAAUAGACUGGGCAAGGAUAAUGCGCAAGGAACCAGUAAAAGGACUUAAAGACUCUGUUAAUUUUGCAGCAUUGGAGCGCUACAGAUGGAUCAUUGAAAGAGUACGAUUUUAUGGAAUGAAGGUGAUGCUUACUCUGUUCCAUCAUUCACUUCCUCCAUGGGCUGGAGAUUAUGGAGGGUGGAAGGUGGAGAAAACAGUUGAUUACUUCAUGGAUUUUACCAGGCUUGUCGUUGACCGUGUAUCAGACUUGGUGGACUAUUGGGUCAUAUUUAAUGAGCCUCAUGUAUUUGUUAUGCUAACUUAUUGUGCGGGUGCUUGGCCUGGUGGACAUCCUGACAUGAUCGAAGUAGCAAUGUCUGCCUUACCUACUGGUGUAUUCAAUCAAGCCUUGCACUGGAUGGCUCAGGCACACUCAAAGGCCUAUGACUAUAUCCAUGAAGAAAGCAAAAGUAGCAAGAAACCUAUUGUUGGGGUUGCACAUCAUGUCUCUUUUACAAGGCCCUAUGGUCUAUUUGAUGUUGCUGCUGUCACGCUGGCUAAUUCAUUGACGCUUUUCCCCUAUGUGGAUAGCAUCUGCAACAAGCUGGAUUUCAUAGGCAUUAACUAUUAUGGACAGGAAGUAAUUUCAGGGCCUGGCUUGAAGCUUGUGGAGAAUGAUGAGUAUAGUGAAUCUGGACGUGGUGUUUACCCUGAUGGUUUAUACCAUAUUUUGCUUCAGUUCCAUGAAAGAUACAAACACCUGAAUCUGCCAUUCAUUAUUACGGAGAAUGGAAUUUCUGAUGAAACUGAUUUGAUUCGACGCCCAUACUUGCUGGAGCAUUUAUUGGCUGUAUAUGCAGCGACUAUAAUGGGUGUUCCUGUGCUUGGUUAUUUGUUCUGGACAACAUCAGAUAAUUGGGAAUGGGCUGAUGGAUACGGUCCCAAGUUUGGACUUGUGGCAGUCGAUCGUGCCAAUGACCUAGCACGUAAACCUCGCCCUUCGUACUAUUUGUUCUCUAAGGUGGUGAAAACAGGAAAAGUUACAAAACAAGAUAGGAUUCAAGCUUGGAAAGAACUCCAGCAAGCUGCUCUAGAAAAGAGAACGAGACCGUUUUUCCGAGCAGUGGACAAACAUGGACGUAUGUAUGCAGGAGGGCUAGAUGAACCUAUUCGGCGACCUUAUAUCCAAAGGGAUUGGCGGUUUGGGCAUUAUGAAAUGGAUGGUUUGCAGGACCCCUUCAGCCGCUUGUCAAGAUUUUUUAGCGCACCAUUUUCACACAAGAAAAGGGUUCAUCAAUCAGAAGAUGAUGAUAUGGUUCUUCAGCCUGUUGGCAUUUGAAGACUAUUCCAUGAGCUGCAAAGAACAAAGAUGUCUCUGUUGUUUGCUUAGACCAUAGAGAUUCUUCAGUACGGUGAAUUUCUUCAAUCAAUAAACUGGUGGGAACUCCUUGAAGCUUUUUGGUGAAUCUUGAAGUGCACCACUGGAAGACAUUUCAUAUCAACCCUUAGGCUUUAAUCCAACUCGUAUUUUGUUUGUGCAGGCUACUUUCCCUUUACAGAACAAUGACUAAUAAAUGUUUCUUCAAUUUGUUGCUGGUUACAUGUCUUGAAGGUCAGGAGCCAAUUGAAGUGACACAGGUUUAUCGAUUGGUUUAUUAUGAAAUAUGUCUUUCUACCAAAUUGUUGUAAUAUAAGCCAGAAACUGCUGGCUUUUUAAUGCUCUUAUCUAUUGCAAAGGCACAUAACUCGAACAAAAGAAGCUUCUUGUUGA